AUGCCUGCUACGCAGCGGGGCUCCGGCCCGGUGAGUCAGCUCCCGCAGAAGAACCCCCUGCGAGCACGCCCUGCCGAUCGCUCCCACUCCCGGGUGUCCUCGGCCGAGAGCUUGUCCCUGGAUGGCUUUUGGAUGGAGGUGGAGCAGAUCCAACAGAGGGAUGAGCUGAGAGAAGAGGAUGGCAGCGGGGGCGAGGGCCGGCCGCCAGAGGAAGGAGAAACCGAAUCCCAGUGGCUGCAGGACACGGGCCUGUCGGACCUCCUUGGUGGCCUGGGCUUGGACAGUCAUCCCCGGGGGCUCCUGUCCACCCUCACACAGACCCAGGUGGCCGCUGUGCGCCGCCGGCUGGACAUCUAUGCCCGCUCGGCACGAAGACGCCACAAGGCACCUGUUAGAGAUGUCAGGGACAUCUUUGGGGGCUUCAAUUCAGGGGAAAUGCCUUCAGAGAAUGGGCAUUCAGGUAUGAAAUGGACCCAGCUCAGUUCCGGGAGCCCUAAGUCUCCUCCAGCAGCAGAGCCUGAGGGGCCGCAGGCACAGGCUGGGAUGGAGCAAGCCUUCCACAUGGACUCUGCCUACUCGGAACAAGCCGCACUGCUCCUGCAGAGGGGCAGGCAGCCCCCAGAGGGCACCUGUGCCUGGAGCAAGUUGUCCCUGCCGAAGUUUAGGAUCCCCAAAGGCAGGCUUGGCUUGACGAGGAUUGGAGACCUGUCCUCGCAGGACCUGAAGAAGAUCGCUGCUCUGGCCCUCAUCGAGCUGACUGCGCUCUGCGACGUCCUGGGCUUGGACCUGAAGAGGAGCAAGGCGGGGAAGCAGAAGGCAGCAGAAACUCGCCUCUUUGGGGUGCCCCUCGAAGCCCUGCUGGAAGCUGACCGCAAAGCCCUCCCCAGCACCCAGGUGCCACUGGUACUUCAAGCUCUGCUGUCCUGUUUGGAAAAGAGGGGGCUGGACAUGGAAGGCAUUCUCAGAGUGCCUGGAUCGCAGGCCAGGGUCAAGGGGCUGGAACAAAAGCUGGAGAGAGAUUUCCACACUGGCCUGUUUAGCUGGGACGAGGUUCACCACAACGAUGCAUCCGAUUUGCUCAAAAAGUUUAUCCGGGAGCUGCCAGCACCUCUGCUCACUGCUGAGUACCUGCCAGCCUUCGCUGUGGUGCCCAACAUCCCUGACCUGAGGCAGCGCCUGCAGGCCCUCCACCUGCUCAUCCUGAUUCUCCCGGAACCCAACAGGAAUGCCCUGAAGGCACUCCUGGAAUUCCUCAGGAAGGUGGUGGCCCAGGAGCAGAGCAACAAGAUGACACUGUGGAAUGUUUCCACGGUAAUGGCCCCUAAUCUCUUCCUGCACCGAGGGCAGCCCCCCAAACUCCUCAAGGGCAGGGAGAAGCAGCUGGCAGAGGGGGCUGCCGAGGUGGUGCAGCUGAUGGUGCACUACCAGGAUCUGCUCUGGAUGGUCUCCUCUUUCUUGGUCGCCCAGGUGCGAAACCUGAACGACAGCAGUAGCAGGCGCCCCCAGCUCUGCGACGCGGGCCUCAAAACCUGGCUGCGAAGGACACACGCAGACAGGGACAAGGAGGGGGAUGGCCCCGAAGCGGCUCCCACAGUGGCAAAGAUCCAGGUGGCCUGGCUUAUCAAAGAUACCCUGGAGGUGCCCCUGACCCCCAGCACCAAAGUGGCUCAUGUCCUCAGGCAGUUCACAGGGAGCCUCAGCCCUGGUUUACAGGGUCAAGAGGGCAAUGAGGACAAGGACAGCCUCCUCCCACGCAGCAGGUUGAGGAAGUCAGCCGACAUCGUCCUCUACGAAGUUGGAGGGAAUCUCAGUGAGCAUCGCCUGGACCCAGACGCCUACCUCUUAGAUCUGUACCGCGCCAACCCCUAUGGCGAGUGGGUCAUUAAACAGAGCCCCACCUAAGCCCUGGACCGUCCGGAGGCCCUGGAUGCCACAGCCCGUCCC